AUGUCUGUCGAAAUUAGCCCUAGUGCCCAACUCGGCUUCGCGCGUCCGCUGACGAAGGUAGUGAAGCGCUCGCUGCAUAUCACCAACUCGAACUCGCAGCCUGUGGCUUUCAAGGUCAAGACGACCGCUCCCAAGCAGUACUGCGUGCGCCCCAACUCUGGCCGCAUUGAGCCUGGUGAGCGCGUUGAAGUGCAGGUGCUGCUCCAGCCGCUCAAGGAGGAGCCGCCGAUGAAUGCCAAGUGCCGUGAUAAGUUCUUGAUCCAGAGCACCGUGAUCUCGGCGGACAAGGAGACCCUGCCGAUUGCUGAAUUCUGGUCGAUGCAGGAGGGCAACAAGUCGGGCAUCUCGGAGCACAAGAUCCGCUGCGCCUACCUCCCGGCCAGUAGCGCUACGGUACCGGAGGAGAACGAGGAUGUGUCUGGUGCCUCGAUGGUCGGUGCUGGCGCUGGCGCGGGUGCUGGCUACAUGGCUAGCAGCUCGCCCAGCAACACGAGCGUGGGUGCUGAGCCGCCUGUGUCGAUUGCGUCGCUGAGUGGCAACGCCGCGGCGGUGCCCGUGACGCGCUCGACCACCACGUCCUCGUCGGGCUCGGCUGUGCCGGUCGCAGCCCAGUCUGUGUCUAUGUCCACCCCGCGCACGACGCAAGAGAUGGAGGCGGAGAUCCUCCGUCUUCGUACACAGCUUGCUGCACAGGAGAAGUGGAGCGUGUCCAAUGGCUCCGUCAUGGGUGGUACUGCCUCGACGGCGCGUGUCGCGACUCAGAAGGCCGUCAGCACUGGCGUGCCGGUUCACAUUGUGGCGGCCAUCGCCGUGGGUGUAUUUGCGAUCACCUACCUGUUUUUUUAG